UUCCAUUGGAAACUGAUUGGGCAGAUUUGAAAAUUAAGCUUUCACAAUCACAAUUUUUAUGAGAGUUCAUUCAGUUUUGGAGAAGUCGAGGAAAGAAUUGGGAAUUGAAAUUUUGAUGUGGCCUGAUAGGAUCAGGUGGGGCUUUUGAUAGGAAGUGAGUGUUUUGGGUUGUUUCUUGACUGGAUUAUGAUGCGGAAUACAGUGGGUAGAGGGCCGAUUAAGUUUUAGUCAUUAGUUUAGCUUUUCAGUAUACACGCCUUUUCAUUUUCAGUCCCUUUCAGAAGAAAAGACCACGGGCAUCAGAAAUCAAUCAACUUGCUAAUUUAUGCCAGAUUCCACUGGAGAUCUGCCUUCCCAGGACUUUAUUGACUGGUGAAGAACAGGAAAUGAACAAUUCCCAGGGAAGAGUGACCUUCGAGGAUGUCACUGUGAACUUCACCCAGGGGGAGUGGCAGUGGCUGAAUCCCGAACAGAGAAACUUGUACAGGGAUGUGAUGUUGGAGAAUUACAGCAACCUUGUCUCUGUGGGACAAGAGGAAACCACCAAACCCCAUGUGAUCUUGAGGUUGGAACAAGGAAAGGAGCCAUGGUCGGUGGAAGAGGAAGUGCUGGGAAGUGGCCGUGCAGAAAAAAACGGGGACAUUCGAGGGCAGAUUUGGAAGCCAAAGGAUGUGAAAGAGAGUCUCGCAAGAGAAGUCCCAUCAAUCAAUAAGGAAACGCUGACUACGCAGAAAGGUGUAGAAUGUGACGGAUCUAAGAAAAUACUUCCACUGGGCAUAGAUGAUGUAUCUUCCUUGCAACACUAUGUACAAGAUAAUUCUCACGACGAUAAUGGAUACAGAACAUUAGUUGGCGAUAAUCCAUCCAAAUUUGUAGGACAACAACUGAAAUGUAAUGCCUGUAGAAAGUUAUUCAGUUCAAAGUCAUGCCUUCAGAGUCACCUGAGGAGGCAUGCCUGUCAGAAAUCCUUUGAAUGUCAUAGCUGUGGAAGAGCAUUCGGGGAGAAGUGGAAGCUUGAUAAACAUCAGAAAACUCAUGCAGAGGAAAGGCCCUAUAAAUGUGAGAAAUGUGGAAACGCCUACAAGCAGAAGUCAAAUCUCUUUCAACAUCAGAAAAUGCAUACUAAAGAGAAACCCUAUCACUGUAAGACAUGUGGAAAAGCCUUUUCCUGGAAAUCAUCCUGCAUUAAUCAUGAGAAAAUUCAUAAUGCCAAGAAAUCCUAUCAGUGUAAUGAAUGUGAGAAAUCCUUCAGGCAGAACUCAACCCUCAUUCAACAUAAAAAAGUUCACACUGGACAAAAACCCUUUCAAUGUACGGACUGUGGAAAGGCUUUCAUUUACAAGUCAGAUCUUGUGAAACACCAGAGAAUACACACGGGAGAGAAACCCUAUAAAUGUAGCAUAUGUGAGAAGGCCUUUUCCCAGAAAUCCAAUGUCAUCGAUCAUGAGAAAAUUCACACUGGGAAGAGAGCUUACGAGUGUGAUCUAUGUGGAAAUACCUUUAUCCAGAAGAAAAACCUCAUUCAACAUAAAAAAAUCCAUACUGGGGAAAAGCCCUAUGAAUGUAAUAGAUGUGGAAAAGCCUUCUUUCAGAAGUCAAACCUUCAUAGCCAUCAGAAAACUCAUAGCGGAGAGAGGACCUAUAGAUGUAGUGAAUGUGGAAAAACCUUCAUCCGGAAAUUAAACCUUAGUUUGCAUAAAAAAACCCAUACUGGACAAAAACCUUAUGAAUGUCCUGAAUGUGGUAAAGCCUUCGCUGACAAGUCAUACCUUGUUAGGCACCAGAAAAGAAUUCACUCCAGAUAGGAGCCCCAUGCACUUAAAAAAACAUGGGAAGAUAUGGUUGCCUGGAAUUGUCACCCCCGAAUUCCAUGUUGAAAUGGCCUUUAAUUUGGAGGCUAUUUUUGAAGGUAGCGAGGACUUAUUAUGCACAGUAUCCUUUGAAAACCGAUUUGGCAUACUCACUCAGCAAAUGUUUAUUAAGUAUAAAUAUUUAUUAGAUGCCUUUUGUGUACCAGGAACUCUUAAACACUGAAGAUGUAGCAAUAAACCAAAUGUGCUAAAACCCUUAUGGAGUUUUAUUCCAGUGAAUAAUGACCAGUGGUAUCCAUAUCUUUAAAAACGUUUAAAAGACUAUACUUUUGGCCAGGCAUGGUGGCUCAAGUGCCUGUAAUCCCAGUACUUUGGGAGGCUGAGGUGGGCGCAUCACCUGAUGUCAGGAGUUCGAGACCAGCAUGACCAACAUGGUGAAACCCUGUCUCUACUAAAAAUACAAAAAUUAGCCAGGCAUAGUUGUGGGCACCUGUAAUCCCAGCUACCCGGGAGGCUGAGGCAGGAGAAUUGCUUGAACCUGGGAGGUAGAGGUUGCAGUGAGCCAAGAUUACACCUUUGCACUCCUGCCUGGGCAACAAGAGCAAAACUUCAUCUCAAAAAUAAGAUAAAAUAAAAUAAACAAAGACAGUAUUUUAUACUUUUAGGGAUGAUUUCUAUAAUUCAUGAGUGGAGAGGUUUCUCUGGAGGUGUAGGGGACUGGAAAGCACAUCCAGGAAGUACAGCUUUCUCUCCUGAGCAUGAAGGUAUCUUGGCAUUUCUUCACUGCAAUUGCCAUUUGCCUUUUUUGUUUUUC